AGAACAUGUCCUUCUGCACAUGACCAUCAAGACAAUUUCAGCAAGGAACUGAGCCUCCAGGCUGACUAUAGCAAAUUCAGCAGUUAGGUUUCUGCCAGUGAAUCAGUCUGCUAGAGGAGACGGACCAGGAACUGCGGCAGAAGACACAAGCAAGGCAGUCAAAGCAGAGCCCCAAGAUGUGGUGCCUCCUCCUGCUGCUCUGCUCCCAAGGAAUUGCCUUCUCGGCAGGAUCCACAACAUCCUCCACUCUGACUUCAGACAAAAGCCAGUACACCAAGAACCGCAACCCUGAAUCCUUCAUGAAUGUGAGUGAAAUGAUCAGGUAUCAUGGAUACCCCAGCGAGGAGUAUCAAGUCACCACAGAGGAUGGAUACAUUCUUGGUGUUUUCAGAAUUCCUGCUGGGAGGAACAGCCAAAAUACAGGCGAAAAGCCUGCAGUCUUUCUACAGCACGCUUUUCUAGGAGAUGCUACCCAUUGGAUUUCUAACCUGCCCAACAACAGCCUGGGCUUCCUCCUCGCAGAUGCCGGCUAUGACGUCUGGUUGGGAAACAGUCGAGGGAACACCUGGUCUUUGAAACACCAGACCCUUCAGCCCUGCCAGAAAGAGUUCUGGCAGUUCAGCUUCGAUGAAAUGGGUAAAUACGAUAUUCCAGCAGAGCUGUAUUUCAUCAUGAAUAAAACGGGACAGGAGGAUGUAUACUAUGUUGGUCACUCCGAAGGCACAACUGCAGGCUUCAUAGCAUUUUCUACAUACCCUGAGCUUGCUAAGCGGGUGAAAAUAUUCUGUGCUUUGGGCCCAGUAAUCACAUGCUCACAUGCUACAAGCCCUUUAAUUAAGAUAGCAAAGGUUCCUGAGCCACUUAUCAGGUUUGCAUUAGGCAGCAAAGGAGCCAUGCACCAAAUUGGAUUUCUGAAAGGACCUGUGACACAGUUAUGUGCAAGCCUGGAUAAGUUUUGUGGCCAUGUGCUCUGUAACAUAGCUGGAGGCAACAUAAAAAAUUUGAACACGAGUCGAAUAGAUACAUACGUAGGACAUUCGCCUGCUGGAACGUCAGUGCAGAACAUUCUUCACUGGCGUCAGAUUUCAUAUGCAGGCCAAUUUCAAGCUUAUGACUAUGGCUCUAAGGAAAACAUUAGGAAAUACAACCAGUCCACUCCUCCUGUGUACAAGAUAGAGAAGAUAAACAUUCCAACUGCUGUCUGGAGCGGGGGAGAGGACAAAUUUGCAGAUCCAAAAGACAUGGCCAAGCUACUUCCUCAGAUUACUAAUCUCAUUUACCAUGACCAUUUUCCUGCCUGGGGACACCUCGAUUUCAUCUGGGGCCUUGAUGCAACGGAGAAAAUGUAUGAGAAAAUCAUUGAAAUAAUGACAAAAUAUUUUUGAAACCACAUGCACAGUGUCAGUUCGCUCAGUAAAACCUCAGGCAUUGGGCAGUAACGGUGAUAAAUGCACAGACACAUACAAUGGACACCAGACUAGGUAUUUCUCUGCACUUGUUUUUUUCCUCCUUACCUCACGUUUUGAGGUUUUACAUGGUCUUACUGUGACUGCUGUCUUCCUCAGAAAUUUGAGGUGUACAGAAGUGAAAGUUGGAGGUAUGAGUAGAUAUGAACACACACUGCAGGGAUCACUUAAUUUGAUCUGCUUUUCUUUAUACGAGACUGAUUUUCCUUAUAAUACACUCCAUUGAUCUUCUGUCUAUCUCAUGUACCCCAGGGUAUUCCUAUGCCAAAUCUGUGUCUCUCCAUGAAGAAUCCCUGGUGGGAUUUUCCCAUUUCUCUGUUGUAGUAUCAUUGACCUUAGUUUAAAUUAAAUAAU